ACUUCCCAGAGGAACAAUUCAUCUGGACAGCCAGGGAGAGAGCCUGGAUGCUUAAGCUGGGGAAUGGCAGUCAAUGUGUAUUCCACCUCGAUAACCCAAGAGACGAUGAGCAGACAUGACAUCAUUGCAUGGGUUAAUGACAUAGUAUCAUUAAACUACACAAAAGUGGAACAGCUUUGUUCAGGGGCAGCCUAUUGCCAGUUCAUGGACAUGCUCUUUCCAGGCUGCAUUAGUCUGAAGAAAGUAAAGUUUCAAGCAAAGUUGGAGCAUGAGUAUAUUCACAAUUUUAAACUUCUGCAAGCAUCGUUUAAGCGAAUGAAUGUUGAUAAGGUAAUUCCAGUGGAGAAGCUAGUAAAAGGACGUUUCCAGGACAACCUGGAUUUUAUUCAGUGGUUUAAGAAAUUCUAUGAUGCCAACUAUGAUGGGAAGGAGUAUGAUCCUGUAGAGGCGCGACAAGGGCAAGAUGCAAUUCCUCCCCCGGAUCCUGGCGAACAGAUCUUCAACCUGCCAAAAAAGUCUCACCAUGCAAACUCCCCCACAGCAGGUGCAGCAAAAUCAAGUCCAGCAUCUAAACCAGGAUCCACACCUUCUCGUCCCUCAUCAGCCAAAAGGGCUUCUUCCAGCAGCUCAGCAUCCAAAUCUGAUAAAGAUUUAGAAACACAAGUCAUACAGCUUAAUGAACAGGUACAUUCAUUAAAACUGGCCCUUGAAGGUGUGGAGAAGGAAAGGGAUUUCUACUUUGGAAAGUUGAGAGAGAUUGAGCUACUCUGCCAAGAACAUGGGCAGGAAAACGAUGACCUCGUGCAGCGACUAAUGGAAGUUCUCUAUGCUUCAGACGAACACGAGGGCCACACAGAGGAGCCUGAAGCCGAGGAGCAAGUCCCCGAACAGCAACCCCAGCAGCAGGAAGAGUACUGAACCAUCUCGGCAGCUCGUGACACUUCCAUUUUGUGUGGGAACAUUUUUUCUGGAGAAUUGGAACAUGUGUGGCCUCAAGCUCAAAAGAAACCAGUUGUUUCCAAUCUGCCGUUAACAUCGACACACUGUUGCAUCCGCCAGCCACUGCACUUGGUUCCCAUUUACUUUGCCAAGAUGUGUUAGCAGACGGCAGUUCUGGCCGUCUACCUGGGAGAUUGUAGGAUCACAUACCUUCAACUUCAUCACUUGGCUGCUUCAGAUUGGUUCUGCUCUCUUCUUCAUUUC